AUGUCGUCAGGACACGGUCGAAACGGCGCGGACGAGGGCUCGGCCCUUCUUCCGAACGACUCCUCUUCCGCUCCACGUCGGCAGUCGUUCAGCAUAGGGAGCCUGGUCAAUUCAUUCCGAGGCAGCUCGUCGAACGCUCAGCGAAGCAGCGAUACCCGUCCAGCCUACGACACUCGCCGACCAAGCAAUGCUUUGGAUCCCUCCAGCCCUGAAGCAGCCUUCUCGGGGCAAAGGAAGCGAAGCAACGCCAACAACAAGUUUCCACGUUCCGUCACCUUUGACUCUCCGCAUUCGUCCUUCCCUCCAGGUCCCAAGCAGGGCCAGUCGAGGGUAGCAAGCUACCAUCCACCCGGAAACAAUCGUGCUGGCAACAUGGACGACGACAACGAUUCGGGCUACGACGUGGAACGUCAAGCCUCGGCCUGGAAUCGUCGCAGCAUCAAUUCGUCCGCCUUCAGCCACCUCGAAGGACGCAGCUACCGUUUCCAACCUGCUCAGGAUCCAGGCAGCCAUGGCAGUCCGCUCGUGCCUGGCUCCUUCACCGCCACGUCUUCCUCCAUCAGAGACGAGACCGCCCAGCUCGCCGGUAUGAUCAUGUCCGACGAUGAAGGCACAGGCAGCGGCAACGGCUCCAACAUUUACGACAUUGGAGAAGAGGACGACUCUUCCUCGCCCAAUUCGCAGCUCUUCCCUCCCUCGCGCUUCGCAGCUGCGAACGAUGUUAGCCCCACCACUUCGCCCAUUGCUUCGUACGGAGUCAAUCAGGCUGGGCCGAGCAACUUGACACGGGCCAUGGCUGCGUCGCAGGCCGCGAGUCCGCAGAGUGCCAAGACUGCGACGUCGCCGGAAGACGAUGCCAGUCAGGCUACCCCUCGCGUCACUUCGUUCCACGGUGUCUCUCAGGUCGUUGCAACGCCGCAGCCUGUGACAGGAGAAGAGGAGCAAAAGGACAAGAGUCUUGCUGCUCCCGACGGUCGCCCUGCAAAGUCGAACGAGCUCAGACCGGCAUCUCGCAGUCGAUCACGCUCGUCGACGAGACGAUCAGCUAAGCGCCGCCCAGACUCAGCCGAUCGCUCGCAGUCCCGUGAUCGGUCAGAAUCGGAAGCUAACGGGCACUCUUCCUUCAGCCAGUUCAGCUCAGCCGCGCCCUCGGACCAGCAGCUGGCCGGCAUUGGCUACGGUGCUCUCGCGCAAGCCGAGCAAUCGGUGCUCGAAGCAGAGCAGGGCGUUCAAAGGUCCGGCCGCAGAGCAUCGCAGCAUCGCCCUGAACCCUUCAAGACGCUCUCUCCGUGGUACUCGCUCAUCCCCACGAGCUGGAGACCCGGACAGGGCGAUGUGCCGACCAGAAACUUCGACCCGGUGCAGCACGCCCAAGAUCUCGUGGCAUCUGCACGAGGCAUCACCUGGAAGUCGGCAGCCGAAGCCAGCGUCGAGCCCAUCCGUCUCAUACCUGCCGUCAUCCUCGGCAUGCUCAUGAACGUCCUAGACGGUGUCUCGUACGGCAUGAUCAUGUUCCCGGCCGCCUACCCGAUCUUUGCCAACUUUGGCGGUGACGGCGUCUCGAUGUUCUUCGUCACUUGCAUCUUGUCCCAGCUCGUCUACACCCUCGGCGGUUCCAUCUUCAAGGGCGGAAACGGAAGCAUGAUGAUCGAGGUCGUGCCAUUCUUCCACAUCCUGGUCCGCAUCAUCAUCGAGGAGCUCGGGGAUGAGAACCCGAAGGCGGUGAUCGCCACCACGAUGGUUGCAUUUGCGCUAUCUUCGAUCCUCACUGGAUUGUCGUUCUUGCUGCUUGGAGCUCUUCGACUCGGAGUGCUGAUUGGGUUUUUCCCUCGUCAUAUCUUGGUUGGAUGCAUCGGCGGUGUCGGUAUCUUCCUGAUCGAGACGGGUCUUGAAGUCUGCAGUCGUUUGCAGUCCGAGGAUGGGUUCCAGUACGAUCUCGAGACGCUGCGCUUCUUCUUCCAGUCGGGCCACAUGAUCGCGCUCUGGCUUCCGCCAUUGUUGCUUGCCAUUCUGCUACGAGUGAUCACGUCGCGCUUCCACCACCCGCUCAUCUUCCCCGGUUACUUCCUCAUGAUCCCCGUCGUCUUUUACAUCGUUGCCAUGGGUUUCAUCGGUAUCCCCAUUCAGCAGCUGCGAGACGAUGGCUGGGUGUUUGACAUUGGCGAGGCCGCAAGCAAGGCCGCGUUCUACCGCUUCUACACUUACUUCGACUUUGGUCAGACGAGCUGGCGCGCGCUGUGGGCGACCAUGCCGACGCAGCUGGCGCUUGUGUUCUUCGGUAUCCUGCAUGUGCCGCUCAAUGUUCCUGCGCUCGGCGUCAGCAUCAACGAGGACAACGUCGAUACCGAUCGCGAACUGGUCGCCCACGGUGUCUCGAACUUGGUCGCCGGUCUGAUCGGCACCGUUCCCAACUACCUUUGCUACGUCAACAGCGUCCUCUUCUACCGCGUCGGUGGAGGCUCAAGACUCAGUGGUCUCAUGCUCGCCGGUGGAACGGCGAUCAUCAUGAUCGCUGGUCCUGGCACCAUCAGCUAUCUGCCGGUCAGCAUCGUCGGUGCGCUCAUCUUUGUUCUCGGUAUCGAUCUGGCCAAAGAGGCGCUCUACGAUACCGUCGGUCGCGUCAACGGGUGGGAGUAUAUGACGAUCUGGGUGAUUGUGAUCGUCAUGACCUACUGGGACUUUGUCAUUGGGAUCUUGGCAGGUAUCAUCAUCGCGUGCUGCUUCUUUGUGGUGCAGACGUCGAGGAGGAAGACGGUGCGUGCCAUUUUUGAUGGAAGUGUAGCGCGCAGUACGGUACGACGACACAUGAUUCAACGUCAUUUCCUCGACGAGGUGGGAACGCAGACGCAGAUCAUCAAGUUGCAAGGGUUUUUGUUCUUCGGUACGAUCAAUUCGGUCGAGGAUCUGAUCCGGCGCGCGCUCGAUAUCGCUGCGUGGAAUCAGAAUCCGAUCCGAUUCUUGAUCGUCGACUAUACUCUUGUCAGCGGGGUGGACUUUUCGGCGGCCGAAGCGUUUUUGCGCAUCAACCGUUUGCUCAUGGCCAAGGAUGUGCUGUUGGUGUUCUGCGGCCUGAACCCGGACAGCGACGUGGGCGUUGCAUUGCGGAGUGUGGAUCUUUGGGCGGAUCGGAGCGAGAAUCUGGAGGUGUUUGCGAACCUGAACGAGGCGUUGGAGUGGACGGAGAACGAGUAUCUGCGUGGCAUGUAUGCUUCGAGUCUCAUAGCGGCGAAGGCGUUCGGUCAGGCGAGUAUGGCUACGGAGACGGGGCUGUCGGUACCGGAUCAGAAGAGGAAGCCCGCGUUCGUAUUGGACCAUUCUUACGAGAAUUCGCCGAGAAGACAUCAUCUCCACGAAGCGGCGAAGACGGCGGUUCAGAGCGAGCGAACUACGCCGAUCUCCGAGAUCGUACCCGUCUUCCCCAACGGCGACGAAGCGAAGGAUCAGGAUCCGCCUACGGCAGCUGCCAAGAUCAAUCACGCGCAGCCGUUCCCUCUGUUGGUGAUCACGUUCCGAGCCUACCUGAACGGUCAGACGCCUCCAUCGUCGGAAGAAGCAUUCUUCUCUUCGCUCGUCCCCUACUUUACGCUCAUCCGCAAAUCGCGCGGCGACCUCAUCUGGAACCUCGGCGACUCGGCAGAUGCCCUCUACCUCAUCGAAUCAGGUAUCGUCAAAGCGAGGUACGACUUCCCGCAGGAACAGUACGAGAUCAACGAAGCCAUGCUGGCAGGAACCAUCGCGGGCGAACUGACCUUCCUGUCGCGCAAGGAGAGGAAUACCACGGCGUACGCCGAUACCGACGUCAAGCUCUGGAUGCUCGAUAGGGACGCACUGGAGAGGAUGCGGGAGGAGCAGAAGCAAAGUUAUGCCGGGUUCGUUGAGAUUUUGCUGAGGGUGGCCGGUGACGAGCAGCAGAGUUUGAUGAGUUAUUUGGUGUCUAGGUUGAGUUGA